GCGGCACCGGGACCGACCCCGGGAGCGGUACCGGGAACCGGGAGAGGUACCGGGAGCGGUACCGGGACCAUGCUGCGGCCCAGAGCGGCCGCGCUCGCAGCGCUGAUGAGAACCCCGGGGGGCGGCCGGGACCCCUCGGGGGGAGCUCCGGUCCCGUCGCUCUGCUCCGCGCCGCCCCCGCAGCCGGUGAUCGCCGCCAAGGAACCGUUCCCGGUGGAGCUGAAGGCGGGGCAGAACUACAGCUGGUGCUCCUGCGGGCACAGCAAGCGCCAGCCCUUUUGUGACGGUGCCCACAAGAAGGAGGCGCCGGGGCUGGCCCCGCUGCGCUUCACCCCGGCCCGGGACGGCCCCGCGCUGCUCUGCGGCUGCAAACGGAGCCGGAGCCCCCCGUACUGCGAUGGAUCCCACAAAGGGGACGCGGUUCGGGGGGCACAGCCGAGCUCGGGGCUCCCCCCUCGGGAGAGGAGAGGCUCCGAACCACAGUGAAAUCCCAAUUGCGCCGUGGGGCAGGGAUCGGAUUCCAGCCCCCCAAAUCGGGAUCUGGGA